AUCCCUCAUCUAAAGGGGGUACUGCUAAAGUCUAGUUGUCAUCAACAUAGCAAAUUUAUUAGUGAGAGGAGGAAUAUAUAUUUUAGAGAAAGAGGUCACAAGUCUGCAUUUAUCCAUGCAAAUUACUGCUUCCUGUGGAAGGAGGGGAGUGAUGAAAUUAUGAUGGCUUCUUUUGUAUGCAGGAGGAAUUAUGAGGGUUUUUGUUUCUUUGUGAGGAUGUUUUCCUCGCUGUCCGUCUUUGCCUAUUUUGGUGGGCUCAAGUUUCGAGCGCUUUGAUUGGUCAGUCCUCUACCUUUCUCCCUUGCAAGGAGAACGUUUUAUUGAAUGAAAAUAAUAAUAACAAGAGAGGAGCUCAGUACUAGCUUACAUCUCCAAUAACUCCAAGUCCACCUUCCUCCCCACCCGCAUCCUUCCUCAGCCCAUCAAUUCCCAUCCAUGACCGAAUCCGAAAGAAAGCUGCGAACUUGAACUAGGCCUUGGAAAGCUGCCUCUUUAUAUAUCCUCUCAGGUAGACUCCAAAACAAUCUUCUAAACACACUGGGAGAAAGAGAUUGAUGGAAACACCUUUUCCAUCUUUCCUACCAAGUCAUGGCUGUCUCCCUUCUCCUUUUUCUAUCUUCUUCUAAUUCCUCUUCUCCUCUUAAAUACUCUUAUCACGCAUCUUAAACCCCUCACUUGAUCUGACCCAAGUCACCAUAAAUCAGCAACAUUAACCAUCAAAUUAAGAAUCAACACCCAUCAAUCCAUGCUCGUCUCUCCCUCGCCGGUUCCACCGGCCGCAACCUCCUUACCUGCCCCUCCCAAUGCCAGCUCCGCUACCAAGCGAAAGCGCCGCCCCGCAGGCACUCCUGGUAAACCCGGAGGCGGAGGUGGUCUCGCUCUCUCCGCGAACACUCCUGGAAUCAGACCGGUACGUGUGCGAGAUCUGCAACCAAGGAUUUCAGCGAGACCAGAACCUUCAGAUGCACAGGCGCCGUCACAAGGUUCCGUGGAAGCUGCUUAAGCGCGAGAGCGGCUCGGAGACCCGCAAGCGGGUCUUCGUGUGCCCCGAGCCUUCCUGCCUCCACCAUGACCCCUCCCACGCCUUGGGUGAUCUCGUCGGCAUCAAGAAGCAUUUCCGCCGCAAGCACUCCGCGCACAAGCAGUGGGCCUGCGCUCGCUGCACCAAGGCCUACGCCGUCCAUUCCGAUUACAAAGCCCAUCUCAAGACUUGCGGCACCCGCGGUCACUCCUGCGACUGCGGUCGCGUCUUCUCCCGGGUGGAGAGCUUCAUUGAGCACCAGGAUACGUGUAAUGCCGGCCGGGCUCGGCAGCCAUGUCUGUCGCUUUCUGCGUCUAGCCAGAGCCCAUCAAGUGAUCAGACAGUUUUUAUACCUCCAUCCGCCGUGCUUCCCACCUCAUCGCCGUCUUCUGCGGCGAUGUGGCCGGUUUUUAGAUGUCCGAACACAGCCAGGACCGCCUCCUUCUUCCUUCAACCCGACCACUACUCACCAUCUUCGUCUUCUCACGCCCUUCGUCGGCCACCCAACAUCGAGCUCCAGCUCCUUCCUGCAGAACCAGGGAUCCCCGCCUCCACCCCAUCUCCCUCCUCCGAUGACACCCGCGCAGCGAAAUUGGAGCUCACCAUUGGCUCCUCAAGGGUAAAGGAUGAGAGGGAAAUGGCAGAAGAGGCGCGGCAAGAGGCUAAGCGGCAGAUGGAGCUCGCCAAUCAGGAGUUUGCGAAUGCGAAGCGGAUCAGGCAACAGGCGCAGCUAGAGCUUAACAAGGCGUUGGCACUAAGAGACCGCGCCGCCAAGAAAAUACAUUCCAUCUUACUGGAAAUCACCUGCCUCUCUUGCAAGCAGCAAUUUCACUCCAAGGCGACGGCGGCGCAGAUGCUUUUAAGUGAUGACUACUCAUUAGCGGCGAGUUACAUUUCCUCGGUUAUGAUUGAAAGAGAGGGAGACGAAGAAAACCUUGAUCAUGAACAUUAGCUCAGAGGUCCAGUUAAAUCGCAUUGCUGCAAAUUAAUGCUUCUCAAUAUUAUUAGUAAUGCGAGCAUAUCUAGCUAUAUAUAUAUUUAUAUUGUGUGGGGUUUCCAAUUUUAUUUA